AUGGAAACCUUUAUAAAAGGAAUCACAUUGCAAUCCCAUAAUCAAGAAUCUGUUGGUGAUGAUAAUGAAGAUGAACUGUUUGAUGCAAAUGAAGUAACUAAUGAUAUGACACUCAGAGAUGUCGUAUUUGAAAUAUUCGAUGUUGACAAUGACGACAAUGGAAAUAUAGAUGUUAUUGAUAGUGAUGAAAAGGACGUCUCGAUGUCAUUCUUGAUUGAUAAUAUAUUCUAG